AUGGGCGCGGGCUUUGUGAAAGCUUUGCAGUCUGUCGUGCCCAGCAUAUCACCAGGCAGCUCCUGGGCUCAACGUGACAUUGGGCCUACGCUCCGGCGAUUCUUUGGAGCUUAUUACAACGGUGAUGUUUGGGCAGUGUACAGGCGAUACAAAAACAUUGAUGUGGACAACUCUGGAUGGGUCAGCUAUGAAGAACUUGCUGAGAUUCUUUUCCUGCCAGAGUUCAACUUGCUUUUCAUUUUCGACGCGUUCAGCCAGCAGAACGCAUUGAUGGACAGUCGCGAGCUACUGGUAAUGGUCUGCCUGUUCAGCUCGUCCAAGCUGUCCGAGAAAUGUGGCGUGUUCAUGACGCUCUUUGAUAGCUCGCACAGUGGCACGUGCACUGCUGCAGAAGUAGCAGCCUUCGCGACUCUGGCUUUGCAAGUUCUCGGACGCUGUACAGGCGCCUGUGUACGUGGAAAAGACAUUGCAGCCGUGAUGCAAGAAGAACUGUCCGAUGUCCUUCCGCAGUACCGUGAAGCUGAAAAUCGUCUUGGAAUGGAGGCAACCUUCAAAGAAGAGCGCAUCUUCGGCCAGGACGAGAUAGACGAGAUUUGUUCAACGUUCAGGCACGUGUAUGAAGAGCUGCCCAUUGGGCAGCAACCGCCCGCAAAUUGUGUGGCACCUCCGGCUCCAGAUUGGCAACGUACCGCCAUGGCUAGCGCAGCACAAGCAGAGAAUUCCCCAUCGAGGAAGCCUUUGAAUCGAACGUUGACAGAAGUGGAGCUUACCCACAUGGCGAUGCUGGGAAGCAGUGGCAACGAGGAGGAGAGUCCGGAGCAAGCUGCCCAGAUCUUGAAGGAGAAGUCGCGCGCCAGCCAAAAGGAGAUGCGAGAGAAAGAGGCCGCCAAAGCAGCCAUCAAACCUGCGCGAGGAUGGAUGGUUGUGCACGGCGCAGACUUUGUGACUGUGUCAAAGGAGCUGGCAAGGUUCCGGCACCUGUUUGUGAAGUGUGUGGCGCAGGCGCUGGAUGUCCCAUCGGGAAUUCUUACGGUGGUCGAUGUGACGCCGGGCAGCGUAGUGGUUGAGUUCCUGGUGCAUCCUUCUGCGAGGGCCGGUGAUAGCCGCAAUGCAACACAGCUUCUGAUUGCAUUGGCGGAGCAGCUCAUCAGCAGCAACAGCACGCUGCGGCGCGGGCACUUUGGGGCUUAUGCUGCCAGUGCUGAGUUGCUCGUCGGCGAAACUCGCAGAACUGCUGUGCAUGCACUUGCUAUUGCGGAUGGUGUCAUAUGCUGCGAUCAGUCAGUCCAGUGCUGCAGCCCCCAAGCAGUCCUUGACGAGGUACUGGCGCGCUUGGAGAUUGAGCUAAGACGUGCAGAAACGGCAGAGGAGAAGUACAAGCAGGCAGUUGUCGAACUUCGACGUCGCGACGAAUCGGUCAAGUCCCUCACCAAGCUGCUAGAUCUCGCCAAGCAGCAGGAGGAGGCAGCUUGA